AAAUCGAAGUCUACUUAAACAAAGAGACCAUACCCCGAACUUCCACUAAGGCGACCAUCGGAAUUCAGAAAGUUACAGAAACUACAUAUAACAUCGCUGAAUGUCGUAAAAUGUCACUACCCGUAUACCAUAGAUUUAUACAGUGACGGGCUGAUAGAUGACCAUAUACAAUUUCCAGUUUGUACUGUUCAGGUCAUGGGAUUUGAUUUGCACCAGGAAACAAUCUCAAGUCUUCAGACCUUGUAGUUUUGAAAAAAAAAUUGAUGGUAAAUAUUGAGGUGCGAUGUCUGGAAGCAUGUCCAACGAUAUGUUUGUCAGUUGUCAGUGGCUUAAGCACAGGAUUGCCAACAGACAUUUGUUCCAAAAUCUGGUCAUUUUGGACGUGUCAUGGGCAAGCGACAAAAACAUGGAGGAUGAGUUCUUAAGAGAGCAUAUUCCGGGAGCCCAGUUUUUUAACAUAAUGGACGACAACCACACAGACAUGUACCCGCGGAAUCUUCCAUCAGUGGAGAACUUCCAAAGUCGGGCUCGGGCGAUAGGAAUAAACAACGACUCGCACCUUGUGUUGUACAGCAAAUCCCAGCAUGGCGGUCUGUUUGUCAGUGGAAGAGCCUGGUGGACAUUCUCCUACUUUGGACAUCAGUCAAUCAGUGUUCUUGAUGGCGGCUUCAGUCAAUGGUUAGAAGAAAACGGGGACGUUUCCAAGGAAAGAUGUUCAAAUUGCAAAUUGAUUUCUUUUGAGAUUGGGGAAUUUAGCACCAACGUUCGAGGAAAUCUAAGAGUUGAAUUCGAUGAAAUGGUCCAGAUUGUGAAGACACACGGACAGAUAAUCGACUCCAGAGCUAGCGAUAAACUUAAUUUGAAAGAUCCAUCAACAUACAUUGGAAAUGCAAUAAAUAUUCCGAUGAGCGUCAUAGUUAAGGGUCACCUGAUUAUGCCGAAAGAUGAACUAAGAGAGUUUCUGACUGAAAAAGGUGUAAAUCUCAACCAACCUACCGUCUGUUACUGCAACAGUGGCAUGUCCUCGUGUAGUGUUGUCACGGCAAUCAUUUACUGUGGAGGCCAAGCAAGGCUCUAUAGUGGUGGAUACAACGAAUGGAAAAGAAAAACAUAGAGUGUAGAGCACCUACCCCCAAAUUCAUAAAAUAAAACGGAAGAAAACAAUGCAAAACAGAGUCAAGCAUUUUCAUAAUUUAUACAAUGUACAUGAACGAGGGUUGUUAGAAAAAUUCUAUUAGAAUCUUUACAUUUAAUGAAACCACAAAAACUUCAUAGUUUUUGUCUCUCUCUAUAGAUAAAUAUAGAAGGGGAGAUCGAUUGAACAAAAUGAGACCGAUUUUCGGCUCGCUUUAGCCACACUAGUAUCUUUGAUGACCAUGGUAAUUGAUGGUUUUAAUAAAGGACAAAGAAACAUCAACAGAUCAAGCUUAAAGAAACAUCAUCCAAC